ACAUAUAUAUCCCCGCCCCUUCCCGCACGGCCCUGAGUUAUAAAUGAAACCAGCCUUGUGUCGUGUUGUUGUUGUUGUUGUUGUUAGCUCGGGUUAGCCUGCACUUGAACGCAUCAUGGUGAAGUAGCGGUUAGCUCCGGUUGUCAUGUGAGCCUCGGCUUUGCGUUGAGAACCCUCCCCGCGCACGACAGCUCGUCCUCGGCGUCACUCGGUGAGUGAGCGCGGGGAGCUGAGCGGCCUAGCUGCUAACUCGGAUAAAGAUGUCCGCCCGGAUGAGCCUGCCGCCGGACUGGGACGACGACGAGCGGAUGAACUUUCUGUUCUCCGACUUUAAGGAGAACCGAGACGUCAACACGUCGGACUGGGACGGGAAGAUGGACUUCUGGUCGGCUCUGGUUCUGAAGAGCUGCCGGCACCGAGGCACCGUGUGCGUCAGCCUGCAGGAGCUCAACGACACGUUCAGGCGGAGGGAGCGAGCCCCGCUGGGCCUGCCGACCGUCCUCCAGAGCAUGGCCCGGUGUGGGAAGAUCCAGAGGGAGUCGGAGUUCGCCGCUAACGUGGACUGUGGCUGGCUGUCCUGGGGGGUCGGCCUGCUCCUGGUGAAGCCCCUGAAGUGGACCUUCUCCACCCUGCUGGGGAGCAGCCGGGAGGUUCCCCUGGAGGAGUCGUUUGUUGUCAUUGAGCUGGUGAAGGAGAAAGCGGCGGAGUUACUCCGGGUGUAUCGCAGCAGUGAGUUUGCAAACAGCUCCAUCCUCUCCUUCCAGGAGCUCUGCGCUCUCUCUGCUGACGUCUGUGCUGACGAGAGCACCCUGUGCAUGGCUCUGCUGCAGCUGCAGAGGGACAAGCAAGUGACGGUGUCCCUGCACGAAGGCGAGAAGAUUGUAAAGUUCUGCCAGCCCGGGCAGGACCGCGUUUCUCCGGUCAGUGACGUCGAUAUCGGCGUCUACCAGCUGCAGCGCAGCGAGAAGCUGCUGGGAGAGCGGGUGGAGAAGCUGGGCCUCGAGGCUGACAAAUGCAAAGAGGAAGCCAGGACGCUGCUGCGGGAAGGAAAGAAGUCCCAGGCGCUGAGAUGUUUACGAGGCCGCAAACGUGUGGAGAAGCGAGCGGACAACUUGUUUGCCAAGCUGGAGUCCAUCCGAGGAAUCCUGGACCGAAUCGCUCAGUCGCAGACGGAUAAGAUGGUCAUGCAGGCCUACCAGGCCGGAGUGUCGGCUCUGAGGCUGUCUCUGAAGGACAUGAGCGUGGAGCGAGCCGAGAACCUCGUGGAUCAGAUCCAGGAGCUGUGCGACACCCAGGACGAGGUGAACCAAGCCAUAUCGAGUGUGAGCGGCGCAGAUGAAGACGUGGACGAGCUGGAGGAGGAGCUGAAGUCUCUGCUGGACGAGUCGAAGCCGGACUCCAUCUCAGGCUUCCCCGAAGUCCCGACGGGCGGCCUGCCACCUUCAGGCGAGCCUGCCGUACCGUACCGGCACCUGGACAUCAGCGCCGAGCAGCUGGAGGAAGAGCUGAGUCAGUUAACACUCACAGAUUCAGGCUGCCAGCAGAAGAAGAAAACCACGUCGCCCGUUAAGAGUCUGGAGCCGGCGCAGUGACGGAGCGGCGGGUUUGAAGCUUCGACAUAUCAAACGGUGAAAUCCGUUAAAAAUGAGAAAACACAAAUACUAAAGAACUGAAUCAGGAUGAAACGAGGCACUUUCCAGGUCUGUAAUGAUGAGGAUGAUUUUAACAGGUUAAAUCUCUUCAAGAUGCUUUUUAAUUUGUUCGUGUGUUGUCGUGUGUCGUCUUCAGUGGCCUUUUGAAAACUGUAAAUAUGAAAGUUAAAGAGCACAACAUGCCAAAAGAGUCUGUUUAGUCUCAUUACUCCGUGUGCAGCCGAGAAGUGACUUUAACCAGAAAUAAACUUUAUUUUAAUCACUUUGUCA